GUGUGCGUGUGUAGGCAGUGAGUCUCUGGUGCUGCGUUCAGGUGCGUUUCACCCUCAGAGGUGAACACUCCUGAACUCGGGACGAUGGAUUAACUCCGAUCCGCAGGUUUUUAUCUCUGACAAAAAAACAACAUCGAGGGAAAGUGACGACUUGUAAUGACUUUCACCUUUUUCCACCUUCCUCCAUUCUUCUCAUCUCGUCUUCCCUCUCCAGUCCCCCUCUCCAUGAACUAACCAAUCUGUCACACCUUCAACUAGUUCUUCACUCUCUCCAGCGUUUCUCCAUUGUCCUGCUCUCCCUCUCCUCUCCUCUCCUCUACCUCUUCUGUCAUGUCUGUAUCCAUGAGGAACCCCCCACAGCGCCGGCGCUCUCUGGGUCCCGUCUCACCCAAACGUUUAUACAGAAACCUGUCCGUCAGACUGAGGGGUGGAGAGUCAUCUGUUUCCGGGGAAGUGGACAAACUCAAGCACCUCAGCAAGUCUGCAGACGCUUACACCACCCUUUGGGAGGCCGUGGAGAACGAGGACACUUUGGCUGUACAAAGCCUGCUAUCCAGAGACCACAUCAGCAGUGGAGGAAGAGGAUGCGUAGGAGCAAGCCUGUGGGAGAGGGGAGAGAGGAAAGAAAGGGACUGGGAGAGAGAGCGGGUGAAGGGGGUGAACAGGAUGAGCGAGCAGGGCCUGGUGCCCCUGGACGUGGCGGCCCUCACGCACAACUCCCCUCUGCUCCAUGUGCUGACAAAGGGCGGCGCCAGGCAUAACCCCGUUUUGUGCCGACCGGCCGAGUGGGCACUCAAGCUGGACACUCUGGUGGCACUGGCAGGUAAACGGGUGGAGGAGCGGAAGAAGGAGUUGAUGAGGAGGACCAGCACCGGGCCUCAGGCGCAGGCUGACAUCCAGAGACACAUCCGCCUCUGGAGCCUCAGGCUGCAGCUGUACUGCCGCAUGAGAGAGAAUUUCCAGAACACAGAGCUCCCAGGCCCCCCCACUCACGUGUCCAUCGUGGUGACCAGCACGUCCUCGUUGUUUGUGACCAUCAAGGAGCCGGAGGGUGACACCAUAGGGCUCAUCACGCGCUACAGAGUGGAGUGGAGCUCCUCAGACAGCUUCAAACGCAUCCUGUGCUCAGCCCAAGUUACAGAGACCAAGAAUCCCUCCUAUAGUGUCAAGGGACUCAUAGAUGGAGUGCAUUACUUUGUUAGAGUGAGUGCCUACAAUGUGAAAGGAUGGGGUCCGCCUCAGUGCUCCACUCCAGCCAGCGCUGCCCCCUCCAGUUGGAGGGAGUGCACCGGUGUGAAGUCACAGUUCAGAAACCACGAGGGUCUAGUGAGGAAACUGCUGGAAGACGCCAGAGAGCCACAGUACAGAGGAUACUGCAUAGAGAGCUCCAAGCCCCAGAGUCCCAGCAAGCGUCUGUCUGUGUCUCGAGGCAUCAAACAACUCUUCCAGUCUGCCACCAAGUUUGUUCGCCUCCUACAAAGGGGCGUGUACUUGGCAACUGUGUUCUACCACAAGGAAAACAUCCUGGUGACGGCUGAAGAUCAAAUCCCGCUGGUGGAGAUCCAGUGCUGCUCCACCUCCAUCACCCAAGACUUCCUGUGGUUUGCUAAGUUGUCCUGUGCCUGGCAACAAGUGCCCUGGCUCCAGCAGGCUCUGUUCUCUGCACACUCCUCCCCCUCCUCCCUCCUCCAGAACAGGCACAACAUUUUAAGAGCCGUUUCCCAGCUGCAGUCUUCCCUGGGAACGAUGGACCUGGGCCAGGUGCACUACGAACCAGUGAAAGACCGGCAGGGCAACGUACUCUUGGUGACUCUGAAGGAGUUCCCGAGUCUUCCCAGUCCUCCCGACCCUCCGCUCCACUGGAUGCCCUUGACCCGUCUGGAAAAGAACCGCAGCAGAACUCCUCUCCUGCCUGAGCCCACCGCCAUGGACAUGCUCUUCGAACAGCUCAGGGAGAAGCUGUCCCUCCACAGGCACAGCAUCCAGUGGGCCCAGUCGGGUCUGUACGUGGGCAUCCUGAAACUGUGCAGCUCGGUAGAACAGAUCCGGGUUCUGGUGCCUCAGAGGCAACCCAAUCUGCUCUGCCACACGCGGGUCCGACACAACUCCCACGUGUCCAGAGAAGAGUGGACGUGGCUCCAGAGUCAUGUUUACACCGCGACCAGUGGCAGCAACCAGAACCUGUUCAGCGGCGAGGACGAGAGCCUGAUGGAGAACAGUGGACUGGUGGAGUUCGUCAGGUCCCUGAGAGCCGCCAUCACACAUCUGCUGACCAAGCUCAACAUCCCCCUCUACAGGGCCUACCAGUACGGUGUGUACACCCGCGAGCUGCUGCAGUUUGGAGAAAAACUGUCCGUGCUGCUGCUGCUGCCUCCCAGUGAGGACUUCAGCUCCAGUUACUGGCCCCUGAUGGGCACCAAGGAGCCCGGCCUCACCAUGCCUCUGCAGACCUUUGAGCUCGUUCACUUCUGGACGUACGAACGCGACUUCCUGACCCAGUACUGCCAGGUCUGGGUGAGGCUGGAGCUGGACACACAUCUGGCCCAGCAGGCUCUGCGGGAGGCGCUGGACACCAAGGAGGUGCAGGAGGCCCGAGAGCGGCUGAACCGCAUCACCGAGCUUUCCCAUCGUCUGGACUUGGUGUGGAGGGACGCCCGCUGGAUCAUGGACUGUCUACAGUGCGUUCGGUCCAAGCAGUGGGUGGGGGCGGUGCCUCUGGGUCUGGUGAUGGGCGGAGACCCACCGCCACGUCCUGAUGGUGAGGACGAGGAGGAGAGCUCGAACGUCAGACUGACGUGGCCCAAUCGGAUGCAAGUACAGAGAGCCAAUACAGAGAGUUUAGUCAGCUCGACUCAACCGAACGUGGUCACUGUGGAGGUUUCCCCUCCAGCAGGAAUCACGGUCGCUACUGAAGGCUUCGCCAAACUGGCGUCAAUGGAGGGCGUGGCAAAGGGAGGUUACCCUGUGGAUAUCACCGGCCAAUCAACGGCGGACUUGACCAACAUUGGCCCGUCUGAAAUAUGUGCAACCACUUUAAUCGAGUCUGGACUAGAGCCUGGUGCCGUCGCUCAGAUGGACGUAGGGUUCACGGUUCUGGACGCGCAGGAGGCCUACAACAAUGAACAGGACUUUACUGCCAGCAUCACUGAGGUAAUCCGACCGAUGGAGAUGUCGGAGUUAGUGGACAUCCUCCCGACACUGAGUCUCAUCGAGGAGGAGACCACCACUGGUCCGCCCACACCAUCAGUCAUAGACGUGCUGGAGAGCUUUGGACUGGGGAUCGAUGAAAACAACACGUUGUUCGACUUGGGGAACUUCGGUUUGAUCAGCGAAGCCGGGACCCUCUCCCAACACAACCUGCACUGUGACAACAGCAGUGAGGCCCACGGUGAGGAUGUGGCGUCACAAGAACAGGAUGCGUCGGCUUCUCGCGCCGUGUCGAGAGCCACCGGUGGUGACUUUCCAGUGAGAAACCAAGUGGAGUGGGACAGACCCUCCAACAGCUCGUCCUGAUAUCAACUCAACCAGCAACUACUUUGAACUUGUGUCCUUUUGAAACCACAGCCGGCUGCGCGCCACUGGUUCCUAGAGUUUUAGGUUUGGAAAUUACUUUGGAUCAGUUCCAGUUUAUCUGGAUUGCUAAGGCCCCUUUAGGCGACAUCCAUACUACAACGUUUUCCUGUGAAAACUCUGCUGCAGUUACACCGGGCGUCCACACUACUCCGGAGUUUUAGAGCCGCUAAAACAGAGAAGUUUGGAAACUCUGCCGGUCUGGAUGAGCAGAAACAGAGAUGUUUGGAAAAGAAGAUGCAGACACACAGUUUGCUGUUUGGGUAUUUUCAGUCACUCCAUCCACACUACUAUUAUGAAUAAAAACGUGGUAGUGUGGUUGUAGCCGUAAUGAAAGUGGAAUUUACUUGAUCAUCAUCAUCGCCUUCCUAUAACUCAGCAGAGGUUUUCUUUUACUAAUUCGUUAACACUUUCAAAACUGUUCCUCGUGCAAAGACCAAAAAUGUAUUUGUUCACCUGAGCAAGACAAAAGUAAAACGUCUGUUCACAGCUGUAUGAAUCUCUAAUGGAACCAUGUGAGGCUUUGCAGAAAUCUUCAGUCACUCUUCAUCCACCUGUUAUAAAGAUGCCACGUCUGUGUUUCUCUUUGAGAACAUGGAUCAAAAUGCAUUAAUGCAGCACAAAAUCUAUAUUCCAAGUCCACAAUACUUACAUGAUAUAUACAUUGACUUGUGUAAAUAAUGGAUUCUUAACGGGGAUUCAGUGACCUCUAGGGGUCUUCAGAGGUACUGCCAAAUAACUGUCUAAACAUUAGAAAAUCUAACUUUGCUUGAGAAGGCAGACACAAUCCUUUACAUACACAUGAUGAUGAACUAGUCAGUUAUGUUAAAUAGUAAUAUUUAAAUUUAACUUGAACGUGCAGGUGCAGAGCAGCAGGGUCACAUCUCAAGUAAUAUCAUACAUGUCUUCACUGUGAAGGUGAAACAUGUAACAGACACACAAAUGACAGUGAGUCUGAACUUCUUCAUGUUGAUGUUUUGUAUUUUGUUGUUCACUGUGUAACGAGUGAUUGAAGGGAAACUGUGAUGUGUGAUAUUUGUUUGUGUUUCUGUGUGUGUUAGCCAUCUGGAAAAAGGUGCGAGUGGACAAAAGUGUUGAAGCAAUUGAGAAAAAACUGUUACAGGGGAAAAUCCAAGUGACUCUUUAGAUAGAACUUCAUCUAACGCUGAUCUGAAAAUGGAAAGUGAAAAGAGAAAGACGCUGUUACUCGACUUAUAAUAAUAAUAUAUGUGGUUUGAACUUCUCUUGACCCAUAGCUGAUCGUUUCUAAUGUCCGGUCCAGCAGAGCUUCUCGAUGCAAAGACUGAAGUUCCAGUGGCAGUUCUGUCACAUGACCAUCCAUCACACUCACUACAGCGUGGGGGGGAGAACAAGUAAUAAAAAACAACUCAAAGCUGAAA